AUGGAUGCUGUCACGAACUCUAACAGCGACAAUCUCGACAUUUCGUCCAUUCCGCUGGUACAGACAGAUUUGCGUGAUUCUCACCCCCUCCAGUGGCACUCGGAUCCCACUAUUCGAGAGAUUGCUCAAGAAAUUGCUGUUACACGAGAAGAGCUCUAUGCGCCGGCGAUUCCAGGUCAGGAAAUUGGGCCAAUGUGGCCUGAGAAUGUGACGAUGGCCAACUUUUUGGACUUUCAGCUGGUUCCUUCUCUGGUCUAUCAAUUGCAGUAUCCUCGUCUGAACUGGAUCAUCCCAGUCACCGAGGAGAAGGAUUCUUCGCUAAUCUCUGUGUUCCUGCGACUUGCGGCCCCUAUGAUGUCUUGUGUA